AGUUCGUCAAUAGAAAUGAUAUCGGUUCUCUUGCUCCUCUGGUGUGUCAAUUAUGGGGACAGUUACAACAAUUUUCCAUCUCUAAUUACCACCAACGCUACUAUGGCCGUCAUCAUCGAUAAAAGCUUCUUUGAUAACAAUGGCGAGCACCGAAAUGUUAUGGGGGUGGUGCACGAUUUAAUCAUAAAUACUGUGAAAAAGGAGAUGCACAUAGGUGGCAUAGUUGUGCGUAUUUUUCGUGAUGCGGAUGUCAAUCUAUGGCAAGGCUAUACAAUUCUUUUAUCUGUCGCGAGUUGCUGUAUAACGUGGCGCCUGCACGAGGUCGCACGAAAGGAAGAAUUGAUACAUCUCGCUAUAACAGAUCCAGAUUGUCCCCGAAUUCCAGAGACGGAUGGCAUGAGCAUGCCGGUGGUGGUACCAGGAGAAGAGCUGUCACAGAUUUUUCUCGACUUAAGGAUGAUGAACAUUCUACCCUGGAACGUGAUCAACAUUCUCCACGACGAUACAUUCGGCAGAGACACGAUCAGCAGAGUAAUGACAGCCAUCUCGGACAAGUUACCGAACAAGCAAGUGAACUUGAUCUCUAGAUCGAUUUUCACGUUGAAACACGAAACGACGAGAAGUGAAAGGAAAAGUUCGGUGAAGAAGACGUUGAACGAUUUCCACGUGGAACAACUGGGACAUUGUUUCUUAGUUAUUGCUACUGUCGACAUGAUUGCUGAUGUGAUGGGCGUGGCGAGAUCCUUGAAGAUGGUUCAUCCAGGUAGUCAAUGGUUGUACGUGAUCACCGACAGCGCGACGAAGAAUAUGACCAAUAUGACGGCAUUCGUUGAUUUAUUGGCAGAAGGAGGAAACGUAGCCUUCAUGUACAACGCGACCAAUUUGAGCAACUACUGUGAAAUCAAGCUGAUAUGUUACGUGGAAAAAUUGAUUCAAGCACUGGCGAAAGCUCUUGAGUACUCCUUGACGAACGAGAUUGAUCUGUUUAAGAGCAUGGAAGAGGAGAAGUUCGAGAUGAUCAGGCUAACGAAACGCGAGAGGCGAGCAGAACUCCUGAAGAACAUUAGAAUACACCUUUCCCAAAACGCGUUUGCUUCAGAAGGUUUCUGCGGACGGUGCUUAUUAUGGAGAUUCUCCUCGUCCAUAACUUGGGGAAAUUUUUUUUCUCGUGGUAGAAACAUGGCACACCUGUUGGAUAUAGGCACAUGGUCACCUGGUUUCGGAGUAAAUCUAACGGACGUGAUUUUUCCUCAUAUCGCGCAUGGAUUCAGGGGCACUAAUUUACCAAUUGCGACUUACCAUAAUCCACCAUGGCAGAUAAUUUCUGUGAGUAAAACAGGUCAAAAGCUAUAUGAAGGAUUGGUAUUCGAUGCGAUCAAUUACUUAGGCUCGAAAUUGAAUUUCUCUUAUACGGCGAUUACGCCGGAAGAUUUAUACACACACUCUGUUCUUUGUCCCUCGUCUUCUUCGUCGGCUAAACGCUUCUGUUCUUAGAAAAUUAAAGAAAUGACCAUGUCGGCUACCAGAAAAGUGCCAAAAGAAGUGAUCGAUUUGGUGCGAGACAGGGAGGUUCUUUUAGGUGCUUGCGCGAUCACUGUAAACGAAAAUAAGAAGGACGCGAUUAAUUUUACUGUACCUAUUUUCGUGCAGACCUAUAGUUUUUUAACUUCCAGGCCUAAACAAUUGUCUAGAGCUCUCUUGUUCGCCUCACCGUUCACCAAAGAGACGUGGGCCUGUCUGGCGGUAUCCAUUAUCGUAAUGGGUCCGAUCUUGUACCUGGUUCACAAGUACAGCCCGUACAGCAUCAAGACCUCGGGCCUAAAGUCCUCGUUUCAAUGUGUGUGGUACGUGUACGGGGCGCUUCUUCAACAAGGAGGAAUGUAUCUGCCGCAUUGUGACAGCGCUCGCAUACUGAUCGGCGUCUGGUGGUUGAUCGUUAUGGUCGUGGUAGCUACUUACUCCGGAAGUCUGGUCGCCUUUCUCACUUUUCCACGAAUGGACGCCUCUAUCCUAACCGUAGACGAUCUGCUCGCGCGUAAGGACGGGAUCACCUGGAGUUUUCCAAACGGUAGCUUUCUCGAAAUGUACCUGCAGGAGACCGACGAGCCUAAAUAUCAUACUUUAUUGUCGCGCGCUGAAAGUCACAACGACACGGAGGAAGAGAAACUGGUGGAACGUGUGAAGGAUGGGAAACACGCUCUGAUCGACUGGAGAAGUUCCCUCAGGUUCUUGAUGAGGAAGGAUCUGCUGUUGACCGGAGUCUGCCAUUUCUCGUUGAGUAUGGACGAGUUUCUCGAUGAACCUAUCGCCAUGAUCAUUCCACACGACAGUCCUUAUUUGCCUGUCAUUAACGCGGAAUUGCAUCGAAUGCUGGAGUCUGGGAUGAUGAAUAAAUGGAUUACGGAAAGGAUGCCAAUAAAAGACAAGUGCUGGGAAGUGCCAGGAAGCAAUCAGGCGGUGAACAAACGGAAAGUGAACGUCACCGAUAUGCAAGGAAUAUUUUUCGUAUUGUUCAUGGGCAUCAUACUGGCUUUCUUCUUUCUCUUUUGCGAGUGUUACUGUCAUAGACGUAAGAUAUCUAAGGAACGAAAAUUAAUUCAUCCCUUCGUCUCUUAAAUCUCGAAACAUUAAUAUUAAGAUGCAACGAAAAUAAAAUAGGAACAAAAUCA